AUGGCGUUCUCCCACGAUGGAAUAGAACUUUAUAGUAAUAUGGACUCAUCGGAAGUAUUGAGUAGUUAUUUACUAUCCCGAUCUAAUUUUGAGGAUAUUGUCUCAUUUGAUCAGUUUAAAAAAUACUUCCCUAAAGGAUACUCGCAAGAUUCAAUCAAACAUAUUUAUAACAAUUUAAAGCUAGAGAGACUUGAAGAAUGUAUACUUCCAUCAUUAGACCGUAUAAAAAGAGAGUUUGAAGUUCCUCUUAAAGAUAUAAUAGAAAAUAUGGAUAAUUCAUCAGAUCUAAAAAUACAACAUUAUUCUUUAGAAGGUCUUGUCGGAAGGUUGGAAGAAGUGAAAAAAGUUUACGACUCUCAGAAUAGAUUAGCUGAUAUCAAAAUUUCGGAUUCUUUGGAAGAAAUCAAUACACUAAUUCAAGCUUUAGAUGAUACGGGAGUCGACAAAGAUCUUUUGGAACAUAAAGAUUUCAAUAAUCUAGUAGCACAAGGACAUAAAGCUGUUCAAAAGUGUGAAAUCUUACUUGAAAAAUGA